AGGGAUGUCCGAGGUCAGCAAGGCGAGUAUUCAUGAAUAGACUGCUCAACCGUGGUGAUGUUUAAUCCCCGUUUUUAUACUUACAUACUCGCUAUGCCACAGGACCGACUGGUCGAAAUUGUGCACAGUCCUCCUAAGACUCACACGCACGAGGACAAUCGUGACCGGACCAUGCUGACCGCGGCAGGGAAUUUGACUGUUCCCCCAAUUGUCGACAAGCUUCCCCCCGAAACGACAAAACAUUUCGAUCGCUCUCCAGACACAAACGAGCUGUUCUGGUUUUCCGCUCCUCCAAUGAAUACCGCGCGAACACCAGCCCCACAGCAUAGUCUGGCGUACUUGCAUUUCUUGGCGACGAAACGCAAUAAAGAACUCGGCGCGGACUCGGACGUCAUUGAUGUUGACAGCGAAGCUGCAACAGGUCUUUCAACUCGACAGCGCACAGUUGCGCCUCCAACAGUUACCGAAUUUCUGCAAGCAGCCAUAAAUUCAGCAUCUACCGAAUACCUUUAGAUUCAUCUGUUCCCAUCGACUUAAUUGCUACUGAGAAGAAUUUCAUCCUUUUGAUAGCUCUUCCAAUGCUAUUUUCCAACAUUGUCCAACUUAUUGGUCUAAUUUAUUCCGCAUUUAUUCCGCACUAUUUAAGCACAAACUUGAGUCGGGAGGAACUCAAGCCAUCUGUGUAAUGUCUAGGUGAAUUAUACUGCAACACAUACUGGAGUCAGGUGAAGUCAAGUUGGACGUAAGUCAUAUAUCCACGCACCAAAAUAUCUUG